AGUGAGUAAGUUCAAGUCGGCUGCUUUCUGGUUCAGUUUCGGGGUCUUAGAGGCAGCCUCCGGGAGUCCCGCAAGGAGAAUCUGAUCUUCUCCCCCUCUACCCCUUCAGCCUGGAGUUUGGAGACUUUUCCCGGGAGACCCUCCCAAGAGGAGGAUGGGCGGCAGAGGCAGCAAAUUAAACUGCUACAAAUCCUCCAGCAAGAGGCACCGAGGGGCAGGAAAGCUACCAAGGCCUGAACCUAUAGAACUGGGUCCCCUGCAAGAAGACAAAGACGCAAGUACCCAUCUCUUCCAUGAUGAGCAGCAGCAACUGGACAUCGUCCAUGUUCUCCAGAAGGAUCAAGAUGAGUCAGAGAAGCUGGGGACGGAGUGUAAGACCAGAGAAGUGGAAAUCCAGGUGGUGAUUGAACAGGAAUUAGAGCUUCAUGAAAAACCUGCUGAACAGCAACAAGUGUUGCAAAGGGAACAUGAAGAGAGCUUGCAAGCGCUUAAGGCCUCACAUGAAAAAGAGAAAAGAGACCUCAUGAAUUCUUUCCAGGUGGACAACACAGCCCUGCAGAAAACCAUAGAUGAACUAAAUUCUCAGUUGAAGGUCUUCCAGUCCAAGAUGAAGAGAGUAGAAGAAUCUAUCCUGAGCAGAGAUUAUAAGAAGCAUAUUCAGGAUUAUGGGAGCCUGAGCCAAUUUUGGGAGCAGGAGUUGGAAAGUCUGCACUUUGUCAUAGAAAUGAAGAAUGAACGUAUCCAUGAAUUGGACAGGAAGUUGCUCCAAAUGGAAACAAUGAAAGAGAAGUACCUGUCAUUAGAAGAGAAAAUUACAAUACUGCAGCAAGAGAAUGAGGAUCUUCAGGUCCAGGGACAGAAUCACCAACGGGUAUCCAGGCAGCUCUCAGAGGAUCUUUAUCUCGUCCGAGAGGCCCUGGAGAAAGAGUCACAGCUGCGUCAACAGAUCCAGCAAGAGAAAGAGGAGCUGUUAUAUCGGCUUGUCACCGGGGAUUCCCCAGCAGCCUUUCCGCUGACCUCUACUAAAGUGUCCUACCUUGCCACGUAGACCUGGGAACUUCAGCUGUGAGGAUGUUGAUGGAGGGCCAGUGGACAGAAGACAAGGAAAAGUUCUCUAUGCCAUUGGCCCCUCUAGCUGCUAUCAUGGUCUGUUCUCUGCCAUUAUAGGCAGCCCAGGGACUUCCCCUGAAGCCAGACUAAACUUUUCCCGAUGGAUAAUAGCAGGCAGGAAGGGGGGAGCCUUUCUUCAGAGGCAAGAGCACUGAGCUGACUCCUGGGUUCCUGUCCUGGCUCAGCCCCAGACUCACUGUAUGAACUCAAACAAGUGAUUGUCCUUCUCUUAGGUCAAGUAAAAAUGAAGGAGUUAGAUGGGAGGAUAUCCACAUGCUGUUCUUGUGGCAUUCUACAAGUUCUUUGCCACCUAAUUCAGGGUAAAGAGAGCACUGGAGUUUUUUUCCCCCAGAUCCUUGGAGGUUAAGGGCACCUAUUCUGUUUGCCCUUUGAUGUCAUAAGUAGAUAUAUUUUAUCUUCUUUUUCUUGUCAAAAUCCCUCUUUCGCCAGGGGGAAAUAGAGAAACAAGAGUAGUAGGUGGAAAUGGCCCCCUGAAUCCUAGAGGCUAGAUCCAUUAUAGGACAAUUUCUUGUUUUAGGGCUCAGGUCACUGUUGUACCCUCCCUCCCCAUAGGGCAAGAUGCUCAGUGGUCCCCACCAUUGGCCUGUAGCCUCUUUGGUCUGGUCAUACCCAGUAUAUCUUGAUAGAAAGUUCUCCAACCCAACUUCUCUUUCCUGAAGCACUGCAGCACUCUCCAGCUCAUAGAUCAUUUCUAUUUGUCUGGAUACCCCAAAUAGAUGCAGAACCCUGGAUUAGGAGAAUCCUCCUGCCAAGUCUUCAGUCAUCCACCCACCCUGCCUUAAUCCUCUUCAGCUGAAUUGAUACAGGUCCAAAAAGCAAGAUUAGGGUUACAGGUGUGAGAGAAACUAAAGGAGACCCAAUCCCUUUCCUGGCCCAUCCCCUCCCCUUCUACCUUGCCUUCUCCUGGGCCUCCUGCUUUCUCCACUCCUGCCGGGGCUCAGUUACUGGGAAAGAUGAAAUACCAGGCUAUCCCUUAGAGAUUAGCACUUUUAUUAGCAGCUGGAGAUUCCUUUUCCUUUGAAACUAAGGAAAACUGGGACUUUCUCUCCUGAUGCUCCUCCCCUUUUUGACUUGCCUUCCUUUCCAAGUCAGUAAAUUUAAGAACAUCAAGUGUUCUCUCUGCUAUUUGCUCACUGUGUGAUUUUGGGCAAACAGCUUAGAUUCAAAGCCAGAGCUCAAAUUUUAUGAUUUUAUAUAAUUCUUUGGCUAGAUGAUCUCUCAGGUCCCUUCCACAUCUAAUCUCCUUGGGGGUCUACAUUCUUUGAUCCACUCCUCUACGAACCUACAGUGUUACUCAGAUAUAAUCUGGGUCCUAGAGGGAAGAAGGAGACACUUAAGCACUUUGCAAGGAGAGUACCUUGGAAAGGGGUCAAGGUAGUGAGCCAUGGCCCCAGAUCCCGAUCUGAAUCCUACACUUCCCUUCAGGUAGCACUCCUAUGUGUGUGAAUGGUGUGUGUAUGUGUAUGUGUGCUUGUGAAAGGUGUGUAUGCAUGCAAGUGAAUCAGUGCAUGUAGUUAAGGCUACAGUGAGCCAUUGAUACAAGCCAAGAUUUUGAAAUAAAAAAGAUUGUGUAGCAUUUUUA